AAAACAGCUGAUAAAUUUGUAGGUUUGUAGAGUGUAGUAUUUUAUACAAAGUUUGUUUACAUAUCAAACAAUUUGUAAUCAUGUGCGAUCUCUGGAACGAAUUUGAGUUAAAGAAACCUCCUCAACUCACAGUGACUAUUCCAAAUAAGAAUGCACCGAAUGUUCGGCGGUUGCAGACAGCAAUUCAACAAUACUUUCGGCGUCAUCGUCACCAAGAAGUGGAGUUCGCCGAGACUUCUGCUCUUUUGGGUAGGUUAAUGGCACGACGAAAGAAUUCAUUUCAUGGAAUGAUAGGAUUCCGAGCGAUUGUAAAAUGUAAUACAGCUACAUGCCGACUGCUUCGCAUUGAUCUUACAAGGGAACUUGAACUUUUUCACGGAUCUCUGCCCGAUUUCGUGCUCAACUCUGCCGACACGAUAGAGAUGCCAACACAAAAUAACUUCGAUUAUGUACUAAUACGUUUACUUAAUACGCAUGGAGUAUAUGAACGCAUACGAGCGUGUUGUCUACAAGCCGCUGAAUACUUUUCUAAAUUAAUGCGCAAUAACUUCUUUAUGGACACCUGCACACUCCUACUCGCUGUACUGGCAAAACUAUAUAGCCUUAGCGCAUUGUUAGGUAAUAAGUGUGUUGAGUUGUACAAUCAGUUGCGGCCGAUGCGAGAGAAAUUUCCGCUGUCAGAAAAAAGUGUGCAUUAUAAUAUAAAUAUGCCGGAGAAACUGGAAAAAUUCUUAGACCACCAAACGCUGAAUGUAUCUAGUGCAGAGGGAACUGUGUUUAAAGAUGAUACCUCGGUGACUGUUUCAUCAACAAAGUCGUUGACAGCAGUGAGACCUGUGAAGCCAAAGCAAAUGCUAAAACCCUUAGACCUGGGCACAGAGGUGAGUAGACCUACUAAUCCAUCGCCACAAACGAAAACUUUCAAUGCGGACGUAGAAUUAGCAACAGUUGAAACGACGAAACGUUUCAUUCAUAACGAAAAUGUGUCACGGAAGCAAUCUUUGAAACAGAGCGUUACCAAGGAUAUAAUGCCUCAUGAGUGGAUUGGAGCUACGCGUCUUUUCGAAAGGAAAUUAUUAUCUAAUGAUCACAAAAAAGCUUUAAGUAUAUUUAGAAAAUUUAUUGUAAACAAAAUUUCAUAACAUGAAUAAAUUUAUUCUGAUCAACCGCUUACAGUGGACGACACAGUGCGAAUCACUUUA